AUGGUACAGGAAAUUGAUUGUUGCUUCGUUCAAGAAACAAAGUUGGAGAAGCUCAGUGAAAUCGAAUUGAGAGGCCUUUGGGGCUCUGAAAAAUUUGGGUUUGCAAGCCGAAAAGCAGAGGGGAGAUCUGGUGGAAUACUGACCAUCUGGAAUUCUGAUAUUUUCUCUUGUUCGAGUACUUGGGAUGUCCCGGGCGCCCUUUUUGUGAAUGACAAUAUCGUGAUUCCUGCGUUUGUGUGGCUGGGGAUUUUAACUAUUCGACAUGAAUCUGAAAGAGUGGGUAGGGGAACUCAAUUUGAACCUAGAGAUGUUUCUGCUUUCGAUAAUUUUAUUAAGACUAAUGAUCUGGUGGAUGUUAGGCUGCAAGGAAGGUUAUUUACUUGGUAUCAACCAAACGGGCUUUGUAAAUCAAAAUUGGAUCGUUUUCUUGUGAAUGGAAAAUGGCUGGAGAAGUGGUCGCAUUCUAAAGUAAUUGGCCUGCAACGGACAGUCUCCGAUCACUGCCCUCUGAUUUUGGAAACUAAGUCGAUUGAUUGGGGUCCUAAACCGUUCAGAUUUUUAAAUGCUUGGAUCAGCCAUUGCGACUUUGAGAAGGUGGUGAAGGAAUCGUGGGAAAGACCUGGUAUUUCGGGUUGGAAAAAUUUUGUGUUCAAAGAAAAGUUGAAGAGGUUGAAGGAAGAUCUUAAGAAGUGGAAUCAAUCUUCUUUCGGCUCUAUUGAAGCAAACAUCAAAAAGCUUAAGCAAGAUAUUCAAAAGUGGGAUGCCAUCGAUGAUACUCUGGGGCUAGAAGAAGGAGAACUUAUAAGCAGGAAUGAAGCUACGGCAAAUUUGAUCAUUCAAAUGAAGAAUAGAGAUAGUCUACUUGCCCAAAAUCAAGAUCCCGUUGGUUAG